AUGUUAUCUUUAACAAAUAAAAUUAAAAGUAUUAAAGGACCCACAUCAAUAUUAAUAAAAUCAAAUGUAUAUAAUAGGUUGAACAACAAUAAAAAUAUAUUUAAUCUAAAUAGUUUUCAAAAUAAUAAUAAAUCAAAAAUUUGUUUAUUUAACGAAAAUAAUGGUUUAAAACAACAAAAAUUAAAUUAUUGUAAAAAAAAUAAAUCAAAUGAGGAUAAUGUCGAAUCAUUAUCAGCAGAACUCUUUAAAUUUGAAAAUAAAUCAAAUCAAAGAAAAGAUUGGCCAAUUAAUAAUGAGGUAUUAAUAUAUCCAACAACUUUAUUUUGUUUUAAAGGUGCAACAGGAAAUCUCAAUUUAAUGAAUGUUUAUAUUAGUAAACUUAUACCAAAUUCAGGGGGAAAAAGUUUUAUAGGUGUUUUUUAUGCAAAGAAUCAACCAAUUAAUCAACCAUUCAAUGGUCUAGGUGAAAAGUCAGUUGGCGCAUUAGCUCAAAUUACUUACAAUGGCAGAAACUAUGAAUUUGAAACAACUAAAAGAAUCAGAAUUAAAGAAUUACAUCCUGUUCAAAAUCCAAACGAUCCACAGGUCGCAACUAUUGAACCAUUCGACUGUGACCCAGAGGAAUAUAAUGACCCAAGAGUUAAAGAAACUGUUGAAAAAAUUAAUCAAUUGGUAUUAAAGAUUCAAGAGUUGUAUCCAGAUAUUUACAAAGGUAGACAAGUUAUUGAUUUUAAAACUCAAAUUCAAACCAAUGAAGACCCAGAAUUAUAUUUCACUUCAAUUAUAAAUUAUUAUGGUUUAAAUGAUCCUGACGAAUUUCAAGAAAUUUUAGAAACUCGAUCAAUUAUUAAAAGAUUAGAAAAGCUUUAUGACUUGAUUGUAAAAGAAGAAAAGUCGUUUAAAAAGCAACAAGAAAUUUCAGAAGAAUCAGGUGAAACAGCAUCAGCAGCUCAAAAAAGAAUAUUUUUACUUGAACAAUUAAAAAAAACAAAACAAUUAUUAGGUCAUGAAGCUGACGAAAAAGAAAGAGCAAUAGAAAAAUAUAACAGCAAAUUGGCUAGUUUAGUACAUAUUCCAGAGGCAAAUAAAAAGGUUAUUCAGGAAGAAAUUAGUAAAUUUUCAACAAUUGAUCCACUUUCUGCAGAAUAUAGUCUUUCUAAAAAUUAUUUAGAGUGGUUAUUAAAUUUACCUUGGGGGGUUUUUACACCAGAGUUUUUUGAUCUCAAAUAUUCAAAGGAUGUUUUAGAUAGUGAUCAUUAUGGAUUAAAUGAUAUUAAACAAAGAAUUUUAGAGUUUAUUUCAAUUGGACAUUUAAAGGGUUCCGUUCAAGGUAAAAUCAUUUGUUUUAUAGGACCACCUGGUACUGGUAAAACUUCAAUUGCUAAAUCAAUUGCCAAAUGUUUAAAGAAAGAGUUUUAUAGAUUCUCAGUUGGUGGGUUGGUCGACGAAAGUGAAAUUAAAGGUCAUAGAAGAACAUAUAUAGGUGCUAUGCCAGGUAAAAUUAUUCAAGCAAUGAAGUUAACUCAAACAUCAAAUCCAGUAAUUCUAAUCGAUGAAAUUGAUAAGAUUGGUAAAAGAACUCUUGGUGAUCCAUCAUCUGCUCUUUUGGAAGUUUUGGAUCCAGAACAAAACUCUAGUUUUGUAGACCAUUAUUUAGAUACAACAUAUGAUUUCUCAAAAGUUUUGUUCAUUUGCACAGCAAACUCUGAAAAAAAUAUACCAAUGGCUUUAUUCGAUCGUAUGGAAAUCAUUCAUUUAACUGGUUAUGUUGAAGAAGAGCAGUUCCAAAUCGUAAAGAACUUUAUCAUCCCAAAGACUCUUAUUGAGUGUGGUAUCAAACCCGAUCAACUAACAAUUUCAGACGAGGUAAUUAAACAAUUGGUCAAGUUUUAUAGUAGAGAAGUUGGUAUUCGUGAAUUAGAAAAACUCGUUGAAAAGAUUAUGCGAAAGACUGCUUUAGGUAUUGUUAAUGGUACAGCCGAAAAAGUUGAGUUAACUACAGAGAAUGUAGAGGAGUUUUUAGGUAUUCCAUCAUACACAUCAGAUAGAUACUAUGAAACAACACCAGUGGGUGUUGUUAAUGGUUUGGCUUAUAAUACAAGAGGUGGCUCAACAUUAUACAUUGAAAGUACUGCAGAAAAGCUCGUAAGUUCGUUAUCAGGUCCACCUAAAGAGCCUUCUCUUAAAACAACCGGUAAAUUGGGUGAGGUCAUGUCAGAAUCAUCAACAAUUGCUUAUACAUUUGCUAAAAACUUUUUAUAUACCCUCGAUCCAAAGAAUACAUUCUUCCAUACCCACAGUAUCCACUUGCAUUCUCCACAAGGUGAUCAGGCCAAAGAGGGACCAUCAGCUGGUGUUACUAUGGCAACAUCUUUGCUCUCUCUUGCCCUAAACGAACCCGUACUUAAUGAUUUGGGAAUGACUGGGGAGUUAACAAUUACUGGUAAAGUUAUUACUAUAGGAGGUGUAAAAGAAAAAACUAUUGCCGCUAAAAGAUCAGGUUUAAAAUCAAUUAUAAUUCCAACAAAUAAUCAAACUAGUUUCGAAGAGUUACCAGAUUAUAUUAAAAAUGGAAUAGAUGUAAAAUAUGCAAAAGAAUAUAAAGAUGUUUUCGAAAUAGCUUUUCCAAAUAAAAAAUAUCUUUUAGAAAAUUUAAAAAAUUAA